AUGGCCGACACUGACACGGAGACUUUGCCGAACGGCACCGGAACACUCUCCGCUGAAGAGGAGGAGAGACUGAAGCAGCGUCCAGCGGAUAUUGAUGCUGAUGUCCGCGAAAUGGAGCGCCGGAAACGAGUCGAGGCCCUGAUGUCUUCGAAGUUGUUCCGCGAGGAGUUGGAGCGUGUGCUGGACCAGCAGAUACACGACGGGAGUGAUGCUCCGCUAUUGCAGCGCAUCAGGGAGAUGGUGGGAGGGCGGCUGCAUACUGGCAGUUUGAGGGGUCCAAGCUGCGUGCUUCCCAUCAACGACAUCCGCGGUAUCGAGGGUGUCGGCUAUGAGAAGGGCGAGAAGAUCCUUCGUUGCAAGCUCGCAGCCGUGUAUCGGCUGGUCGAUCUGUUUGGUUGGACCCAAACAGGUAUAGCGGGCCAGAUAACCGCUCGCCUGAACACCGCCGUGGAACAGGUGUUGACCACGCCUCGCGGCCUCCUGCCGCACGAGGUGACCGCCUCGUCGCUGGUCAAGGUGGACAUGCAGGGCGUGGUCCAAGAUCAGGGCACGACCAACUUCCCUGUCAACGUCGAGGGUUUCUCGCUGCACGCGUCGGUGCACGCGGCGCGGCCGGACGUGCGCUGCGUGCUGCACGUGCGCUCGGCGGGCGCGCUGGCCGUGUCGUGCGCGCGCCGCGGGCUGCUGCCGCUGUGCGGGGAGGCGGCGCUGCUGGGCGACGUGGCCUACCACCGCGCGCCCACCGGCGUCCUGGAUAACGAGGAGCGCGACAAGCUGGUCCGGGCGCUGGGCCCACACGCCAAGGUGCUGAUGCUGAGCGGCAGCGGAGCCCUGUGCUGUGGAGCUACCCUGGAAGAGGCCUUCUUCCAGGCGAAGAACCUGAACGCGGCCUGCGAGGUUCAGCUACGUCUAGCUGCGAUGCCUCUAGAUGAGCUUACCCUGCUGGAUGACGAGACCAGGAGACAGAUGUACGAGGCAUCUCGCAAGCCUCCAUCGGACUCCGCCAAGUGGCGAGUUGGUGGCGAGGAAUUUGAAGCUCUGAUGCGAAUGCUGGACAACGCCGGCUUCCGCACCGGGUAUAUUUACCGUCAUCCACUUGUCAAGAACGAUGUGCCGAGACCUAAGAACGACGUAGAAGUACCGCCAGCUGUUUCUUCUCUCGGUUAUCUUCUGGAAGAAGAGGAGCUUUACAAACAAGGAUUCUGGAAAAAGGGAACAGGCAAAGCCGGCGAGCGUACCCGUUGGCUGAAUUCUCCAAACGUGUACCAGAAAGUGGAAGUCCUGGAGACGGGCACCAAUGAUCCCAAGAAGAUUACUAAGUGGGUACAAGAUGGAUCGCCAGCGCACUCGAGUACACCGGUCAAAAUAGAUACACUUCAGUUCGUGCCCAAAAAUACGAAUCCUAAGGAGUUCAAACAGUUGCAGCAACAGAUUAAAGAGAACCGCCGUGCGGACAAAAUUAGCGCCGGCCCGCAAUCCCACAUCCUCGAGGGGGUUACGUGGGACGAGGCGUCCAAGAUGGUGGGUGAGGACGCGGUCAACACUCACACUGGUGAUCAUGUGGUGCUGAUGGGCGCCGCGUCCAAGGGCAUCAUCCAGCGCGGCUACCAGCACAACGCGACGAUGUACAGCGCGCCCUACGCCAGGAACCCGUUCGACCACGUCACCGACAACGAGAUCGACGAGUACCGCCGCACUGUCGAGAGGAAGCAGAGGCACGACUAUGACACAGACAUAUCGGAGUCGGAGGCUGUGAGCGCGGCGCAGGUGACGUCACCCAACAACACCGCGCCCUCCGACACCGAGGAGGACUCGCGGGAUGAACAACGCGUGCUACGGAUAGAGACUAAGCAAGUACCGGUACGCAGCCAACCGGAGGUCGUACUCAGCGAUGUUGACACGACGGAUUUCUUGAACAUGGAGAGAGAGCACGCCGACCGGACUAGAGGCGAACACACUGUCAACGGAGAUCACUCUGAUGCCCACCAGAGUACCUUCUCCCACAGCAGUAAAGAGGGUUCACCCUCCAAGGAAGUGUCAACGGAGGAGUCCCCCAAGAAGGACAAGAAGAAGAAGAAGGGCCUCCGGACGCCCUCCUUCCUCAAGAAGAAGAAGGAGAAGAAGAAGGACAAGUCCAGCACGCCCCAGCCCGCCUAGAGGUACUUUCCCGAAAGAACAAAAAUGGCGUCCCUUCAUGCACCACGUGUCGCUACAUCAAAUCUAAAACUUGCGGCAGCGACAAGAAGAAC